AAGUCCCUGGUGUGUGGGCCCCUGCAGCUCCAGUAGGUUAAUGAUAAACCGAAGCGAUGCAUUCAGUUGUAGCGCACAACACAGCUCCUAAGAAAUACCGGAAUCAAACUAUAAAUGUCAUUUUGCGCAGAGCUGUCAAUACCGGGACCGAAAUUGACCACGAGAGGGCACAAACCUACGUCGAGCGCAAUGUUACACUGAAGUUAGUAUUAUACACUUAAGUGGGACGGUGUUAAAGUUUACUACAGGUAGGAAGUACAACAGAAAUCACCGCGGUCAGAGUUGGCUGGGGCUGGGGUGAGCGGACUAUUAUUAGGCUGAUAAAAAACCGGAGAUGGACCGGUACAGGUACUUCAAUUUGAACCAGAAGAGCGUGCUAGGCCUCGGUGUCCUCCAGGUGGCUUGUGCAGGUCUCUGUAUGGUCUGCGGCUUUAUGGACGCUGUUUUCCGCAAGGAUACCGUGCUGAGUAGCACCAGGACGCCGGUGUGGGGAGGACUGAUCAUGGCCUCUCCAGGUGUUUUGGCGCUGUUGGCUUCACAAAGAAAAAAUUCCGUUUUGGUGAGUGUGAUGGUGGCAGCAGCAGGACUCUCCUGUGUGGCUGUGCUGUUUAUUUUCGGUUAUGCCUGUCUGACGCUCACUUAUGGAGAGGAGGAUGAAGAUGUCUUUCACCACCAUGACAGUCCUCAAGUGACUUUUGUGCUUCAUCGGAUGGUGAAGGGGGCCAAUGCCACCAUACUGCUGACCUGCACCAUCAGCCUGAGUCUUUCCUCUCUCAUUGCCUACGUGGGCUGCCGCAGUCUGCCCUGCUGUGGCUGCUAUGAUGUCAGAACUGGACUGGAGACCCUGGUCCCUCAGUGCGAACCUGGUGACACUGAGAUGGUUUGUAUCUGGCAAGUUCUCCUCUAUGUGCAGCAGGAGGUGAUGACAGGCUCUUUAACUCUCCACCUCAGUCCCCUGAGCAGUACACCGCUGAGGAAGAGGGACCCUCCAAACUACCUCCAUACAGCAGACUGACCUGACACACAUAAGACCUGAAACACAUCCUGUCUGCUGUCUUCAUUCAAGUGAUUAAAGAUGUGCCGACUUCUUAUUGGUGGAUAUACUGAGGGGAGAAAUCUAAACUCUGCUGAAGCAGUCAGCAAUCUUAAACCUUUGGACAAAUUCGUAACUUUGUGAAUUAACACAAAGUAAGGAAAAGGACAUUAUGGGACCCUGUGUGAAGGUGGAUGGCCCUAAUCUUAACCAGUAGAAACACCAACAUGAUCUUCCACUGACGUCACACAGCUGUCAGGCCAUAGAGAGUCUGUGUGCACAGGCCAUUUGGUUGAAGUGCCCCAAAUAUCUCAGUGUAUCAGGUAACAGAUUCAUAUGGCAGACUUGUUUAAAAGAGUAUAAUUCUGGGUACUUCAACUGUUAAACUACAUCAUACGCUGCCAGUAUGCAGAGUGUUAGCUCUGUUGCUUGAUACUAACAAACUGAUCUUGACAAUAGGAUAGUGUCACUCAAAACUAAGUUUAUCUAUUUUAACCUGCCACAGAAAAUUCAUUUUUGGGGGGUAAAGUGCUUAGAAACGCAUUUUAUGAAUACAGACUAUUACAUGAAAACAAAGCUGCAAGUGUUUUCUACUGAUCAACUUAGGUGAUGUGUGGCUAAUAAGCUCCUUACUUCCUUAUUUGUUGGUGAUGCUGUUAAAGCAACUUUCUCAGGAUAGCCUGGCAUCUGAAUGGUUAUGUCAUAUAUCAUGGGCAUGAAUCCUGAUUAUGGGUUUUAAGUAGGUUCCUGAUUUGACUGAGUGGCCUUACCAUCCCCUGCAUGUCAUUCCCAUAUUUUCUUCCUGCAUACACUCUCUUUUCAUUGUCUCAAACAUACAAAGGUGCAAAAUACAUUAUACUCACUGGCCUAGCAGAAGUUACAAUGUUCUCCAACACUUGUGAAAAAAUAUUAAAAUUAUUCUGUAAAUAUGAAGACAUAUUUACAGAAUUGAAUGCCAUUUUUGUUAUUUUAAUGUUUUUAUCCGGCACCUCCAUUGUUUGACAGUAGGAAACAUUGUGACCUAUUUUGUUUACUGGUGAAUUUGUGCAAGAAGCUUCUGCGUAAUAUAAAUCCUCAGCACUGGACUUUAAACAGUCAGAUACAGUAACAAUUUAUGUUAAUGAGGUCAGUGUCAAUCAGUAGUCAGUGAUCAGCUGAAACAGAAAAGUCUGAGCUCAGCACAAACACCUAGAUCAGUGAUUAACAAUUCAUAAGCAGCCCCUGAUUAUGUUGACCUACCAGUAGUUUUAAGUGUUUUCUUGAUAAAAAAAAACACAUCGCAUAGCAGAUGAUACAUUAAACAGUUGAGCAGCGCACAGCAACAAAGGCUUUAAAAAGCCUCAGCAGUUACUCUACCCUGCUGAAGAGGAACUCAAGUCCCUCAGAGAAUUAUUUAUAAAUAGUGCUAAUGCUAACUGCUAAAUUAAUUGACACCCUUAGUCACAGUUAUGUUCUGGGUUUAACACUACAGAGAGCAGAUUUACUGUAGCUCUGAAUCCAGCUUCCCUCUGUUAUCUGACAAAAGCGACUUUCUUCAUGUGCACAUUGAUCAAUGAUGUACAUUUUGUAUUUGAGGGGACUCGAUUCAAUGCUUUUAUGAGGAUUCAAUAAAUCUGUUAUGAUGAAAAGCACUGGAUUUAACCAUAGAACAAAAAUUUUAAAAACUUUUAAUGAAAAUUAAAGAUUUUCAACCAUC